AAGCUCCGCUCAACAUCACUGCUCUCCAGUUAUGCCGGCAAUCAGGUGAUUUCACUUUACGCUUAGAGACAACCAAAAAAAUGGACACAGACAACAAUGUCUGUUAGGAGCGGUCGGCGUUAAUCGAUGCUGACUUCAAAUGCGGACUCCGGCAGUGACAUUGCUUAGAACAUAUCAAAGCUACACAGCGUUACGCAGAGCGGAGUGGUUGUCGAUUACUUCCAUCAAAGCAGUUGUGUCUUCUUCUGAUCUUCCUCUCGGUCAGGCUGAAACCGACCUGUCUUUACGGAGGUUUGUUGGGGUUCAAUCAUGCCAGUCAAGGCUUGAGUCCUCCGCGGUAACAGCAGCCCACUGACAGCCAGAGACACCCCAGAGGUCCGACAACAGAGGGAUCACACAUCACCCGCCAUGGCGACACAGCCCUGGGCCGGUGCCGCCGCCGCCGCCGGCCGCUGCGCUCCCAGCGCGGAGGACUUCCCGUCGGCUCCCCGGGGCGUAGUCAGCCCCCCCAGCCUCGAGAAGCUGUCGUGCGCUUCUCAGAGUGCGGGCCACGUCGGAGACACGGAGCCCAUCUCCUACGUGACUCUCCAGGAGCAGCGCUGCGUCCUGAGCUGGUUCCAGGGUUGGACCGCCGGCCAGAGGGAGCACUUCUUGCAGGACCUGCUUGGGAAAGCUGUGCCCGGCAAAGUGUGCACCCUCCUGGAUUCACUCAGUACUCUUCAGGUUAAAGACAAACUACCAAACAUCUUUGAAUGCCAGCUGCGCCUCUGGAGCCAGUGGUUCGAGUCCUGGGGAGAAGAGGAGAGGAAUCAUUUCCUACACAUCCUGGAGGAGAGGGAUCCAGCGUUUGUUUCCCACUUCUACAGCAGCGUAGCCGGUACAGCAGGAAGAGACUGAGCAACGUCCGCACAUGUGAUAGAAGAGCGGGUGAAUGUUACAGGAAACAAAGCGAGAGGUGACAUGUGGCGAGGAGGAGUGUGUAUUAGACCCGAGAGUUCUCUGUUUUCUUUUCUUUUCAGAGAAAAUGUUUGAUGAUGGUGAACCGUUUGAUUUGAAUAGCAGAAUCGAUCAUUCAGUACAAGCAAGAUUUUUUUAUUCUGUCAUAUAUAAUACUUUUUAAAAACUAUAUACUAGGUUCAUAACUUUUUGUUUAAUUGGUGGAGGGUUGCCAUUUACUGACCCAGUGGUAUCUUGAAAUAAACAGGUUUCACAUCUUGGUGUGAGAAAACUAAAAA